AUGGCUCGUUUGCUUAAUUAUCUCGACUCUAUUUCGUUUACCCCUGACGACGAAGAUGAGCUCUUGUGGCUGGGACAUAGCACUGGCCAAUUCACAGUUAAGGAAGCUUAUUCUUGUGCCAGUGCAAGUGCUUCCACCGCCAGUUUCCCCAGAGCUAAAAUUUGGAGCAACAAAUGGCCUCAUAAAAUUGGGUUUUUUCUUUGGCAAGUUGCACUAGACAGACUGCCCACCCUAGACAAUCUUCAUAAGAGAAACAACUCAUUAUUCUCGGCUAGUGGGAAUCCGGUCGCAAACAUUUGCCCCAUGUGUCAUCUGUUCCCAGAAUCAUCAGCUCACAUCUUCCUCUUCUGUUCGUUUGCGAAGAGAAUUUGGUCGUAUUUCUUUGAAGCUGCGAGAUUAAAUUUCAGUACUUACUCCACCACUUUAGAUCUCAUUAAUGAUUGGUCGUCUUCCGACUUCUCUGGUCCUGCUAAAGAGCUUUGGAGCAGGCUCUACACCUCUAUCAUGUGGUCAAUUUGGGUUGAGAGAAAUGAAAGAUCUUUCAACAAAAAAGAGAAGUGUGCUGCGGCUAUCAUAUUGGAGGUUAAACUCAAAGUUUUUUCUUGGUCUCGUUCUGUUGCCAGGUAUCUCUUAAAUAUAGCCCACACAUUUAUUAACCAUAUUCAUCCAAAUAAGUGCUUAUGCUAA